UAUUAAGGUAUUGUUUUGUUAAGUAGCCAGGACACAAACAUUCCCAUCCAAGGAGCUUUCUCAAUAUUCAUCAUGGUUGUCUUCAGCAAGAUCACCGUCAGCCUCGCAGGCCUUGCCUCCAUCGCCUCGGCUGCGCCCACAGCGAAGACCAACGACAAGUUCUCCGUGAAACAGGUUUCGCGUACUGCUACGAAAACAUCCAACUUUGCUGCAGCUUAUGGUCGUGCACUUUCGAAGUAUGGUGCCAAUGUACCCUCUCAUGUCGAGGCUGCGGCGGCCGCAAGUGGCGUUGCGACCAACACGCCUGUGAACAAUGACGAGGAAUACCUGACGCCUGUAACCAUCGGUGGCACCACCCUGAAUCUCGACUUUGAUACUGGAUCCGCAGAUCUUUGGGUCUUCUCAACGGAGCUGUCCGCCUCCGAGAGAUCGGGCCACUCCGUGUAUAAUCCGAGCACUAGCGGAAAUGAGCUAAGCGGCUAUUCGUGGUCCAUCUCUUACGGUGACGGAAGCAGCGCCAGCGGCAACGUAUACACGGAUUCCGUUACUGUCGGUGGCAUUACUGCGUCUAGCCAGGCUGUCGAGGCUGCUCAAACUAUCAGCUCCGAAUUCCAACAGGAUACCAAUAACGACGGCCUCCUCGGUCUUGCAUUCAGCAGCAUCAACACUGUGCAGCCCCAGGCUCAGGAGACUUUCUUUGAUAGUGUCAAAGACUCUCUGGACCAACCGCUCUUUGCCGUUGCCUUGAAGCAUAACAAGCCUGGUGUCUAUGACUUUGGCUUCAUUGAUUCAUCCAAGCACACCGGUUCCAUUGUCUACACUGAUGUGGACAGUUCGCAGGGCUUCUGGAGCUUCAACGUGGAUAGCUACAAAGCGGGAACCCGUUCUGGUGGCGGCUUCAGUGGAAUCGCAGAUACAGGCACCACUCUGCUGCUCCUUGAUAGCUCAAUCGUGUCGGCAUACUACUCACAAGUUAAGGGUGCAAAGAAUAGCAAUUCUGCUGGUGGCUAUGUCUUCGACUGCUCUGCCAGUCUGCCUGACUUCAGCGUCAAAAUCGGCAGCUACACAGCCACUGUUCCUGGCUCGUUGAUCAACUAUGGCCCAUCUGGUGUUGGAUCCACCUGUCUUGGUGGUAUUCAGUCAAACUCCGGCAUAGGGUUCUCGAUCUUCGGUGACAUUUUCUUGAAGAGUCAGUACGUUGUUUUUGAUUCAGUGGGCCCCCGGCUUGGCUUCGCCCCCCAAGCCUAAAUUGCAUAUACCAUGAAUACGUGGGAAUCGGUCAAAUCUCCACUACAAAAUUGAAGAGGAGGUUAUAGGCGAGGUCCUCAAAGAAGUCAAGAAUGUUAGCAUUGAGUUUGUUCAGCUGUCAUUAACGGC